AUGAGUGAUUGUCAAGGAAACAAUGAAACAAGAAUAAGAGCAUUCCUACUCUUAGGGCUUUCCAAUGAAUAUGCUGUUAAGCAAUUACUUUUUGGGAUCUUCUCACUUAUAUAUAUAUUUACCACGAUAGGAAACAUAACUAUAAUAAUAAUAGUGACAGUUGACAGCAAACUGAACUCUCCCAUGUAUUUCUUCCUCAGAAAUCUAUCACUUACAGAAAUAUUCUACAUUUCAGUUACUGUUCCGCGUAUGCUGAAAGACUUUUUGCAUCAUGAUAAUUGUAUUUCAUUCAUUGAAUGUGCCAUUCAACUAUAUUUUUUCUGUUUCCUUGGUACUACAGAGUGCUUUACACUUGGCAUCAUGGCAUAUGAUCGGUGUGUGGCUAUCUGCUCACCUCUUUUGUAUACCAGUAUAAUGACUAAAACAUUAUGCUUAAGGUUUGUAAUAGGAAGUUUUCUUAUCGCAAUAUUUCUCUCUAUGGGGCAAAUAACAUUUGUCUUCAGCUUGCCCUUCUGUGGUCCUAAUACAAUAGAUCACUAUUUUUGUGAUUUGCUUCCAGUGGUUAAUCUGAUAUGUGCAGAUACAUCUACAAAUGAAAUCACUAUAUUAUUAUAUGGAUCUUUAGUUAUAUUUACACCUUUUGUUCUCAUCUUAAUCUCCUAUAUUAAAAUUCUAGCUGCAGUUCUAAGUUCUUCAGCUGAACAGUCCAAAGCAUACUCAACUUGUACUUCCCAUCUAACCUCUGUAAUAUUAUUUUAUGGAGCAGCUAUUAUAACCUAUUUAAGAACAAAGCCUAGCUAUAUUAGCAAAGGAGACAAGAUAUUAUCACUUCUGUAUAGUGUACUGAUUCCUAUGCUAAACCCACUGAUAUAUAGUCUGAGAAACUCUCAGGUGAAGACCGCCAUCAAAUCAUUGUUUAAAGUAAAGAAGUAA